AGCCUUCUGCCCAACUCUAUUCGUCACUCGAAGCUCAACCCGGCUUGCCUGAUUGGCCAUUAAACUGUCAGUCUCUGCUGAAGGCCGGCUUCCUGCCUCCGGCUGGUUGGGUCCUUAGAUACACCAUGGCCCUGAGAGCGUGUGGCUUGAUCAUCUUCCGAAGGCACCUCAUUCCCAAAAUAGACAACAGUUCAAUUGAGUUUCUACUGCUACAGGCAUCAGACGGCAUUCAUCACUGGACUCCUCCCAAAGGCCACGUGGAUCCAGGAGAAAAUGACUUGGAAACAGCCCUGAGGGAGACUCAGGAGGAAGCGGGCAUAGAAGCAGGCCAGCUGACCAUCAUUGAGGGGUUCAGAAAGGACCUUAAUUAUGUGGCCAGGGGGAAGCCUAAAACAGUCAUCUACUGGCUGGCGGAGGUAAAGGACUAUAAUGUGGAGAUCCGCCUCUCCCACGAGCACCAAGCCUACCGCUGGCUGAGUCUGGAAGAGGCCUGCCAAUUGGCUCAGUUCGAGGAGAUGAAGGCAGCACUCAAAGAAGGACACCAAUUCCUCUGCUCCACAGCAGCCUAAGCUGUCAGAGCAAUCAUUUGGCUUUCUCCAGAUGGGCCUCGAUAGGAUCUUUGAGAGCCUUCUGAGAUGAACCCACCCUCCAGCUCUGGGGAAUAUUGUUCUGGUCUUUGGCUCAUUACAGCAAAGGAUAGAUAUGUUAAUGAAAUCAGCUCAGGACUUUCAGAUGAGAGCAAGCAAAAAUCUCAGGUGGGUAGAAAAGAAAACAAAGGAGGAGUUAAAAAAAGAAUGUCAGGCCCAGUAAAUGCAUCCUUGUACUUUAUAAAUACACCUCAAGUAGCUUAUCUGUC